AUUCUUUCUUUGGUCUAUAGUUAUUCACUUUCGUUGUUAGUCGGAAAAAAAAAACUAGAGGCGGAACAAAAAAACUUUUAGGUUUCGAUUUCCCUCCUUGGUAAUCGCCAUGUCCGGAGAAGAAGAAGAGAACGCCGCCGAACUCAAGAUCGGAGAUGAGUUUUUGAAGGCAAAGUGCUUAAUGAAUUGUGAAGUCUCUUUGAUUCUUGAGCACAAGUUUGAACAGCUUCAACAAGUCUCAGAGGAUCCUAUGAAUCAAGUUUCUCAAGUGUUUGAGAAGUCCUUGCAAUAUGUGAAGCGAUUCAGCCGGUACAAGAAUCCAGACGCUGUUAGACAAGUUCGAGAAAUACUGAGCAGACAUCAACUUACUGAGUUUGAGCUAUGUGUUCUUGGCAAUCUCUGUCCUGAAACUGUUGAAGAAGCAGUGGCAAUGGUUCCUUCUCUUAAGACAAAAGGAAGAGCUCAUGAUGAUGAAGCAAUUGAGAAGAUGCUUAAUGAUCUCUCUCUUGUCAAGAGAUUCGAGUAGUGCAGAAGAUUCUCAAGAUCAUAGACUAAGAACAUUUGGCAGGAUGCUUUACUUGCCUUCUAGCUGAUGUCUGAUCAAAUAUCUCUGGAGUUAAUUUUCCAUGUCUGAAAUUAUAAAGCUUUAUAUGCCCAGAAUCUCUUGAAUGGAUACCUUAUGUUAAAUGAAUGUAAUUUUCAAUGGAUGACAAUGGAUGAUCCAAGCUUUCAAUGAAAUAUACCAUUUCUUUUUCACUAAA